AAAUGUCAGUAGUUAAAUUUUUCUUUUUACAGCAAGUAGUUUGGCAGGAAGUGUGCUUACGAUGAAUAUGGAAAAUAGCCAUGAGGAUGAAGAUGCAGGGUGUGAUCUUCAUGAGACCCUUGAAAUCAAGAAAAGCAGUCAGGCAGUCAUGAAAGAUAAUGAUAAGCUGUGUGAGUCAACAAGAAAACGUAAGGAGCAGAAUGAUGAACCAGAGGACCAGACACAGACCUCUUUGCCGAAAUGUGACGAGGACACAAAGGGCAUCACUUAUAAACAAACUCCUGAUAUUACUGAUGUACACGUUCCAAUGGAGCCAAGCAAUGGAGAAAAGGCAAUCGAAUCAACUUCACCAGAUGCCAAGCUGGUCAAGAUGACUUGCAUGUCUACAGAGAUGUCAGGGACAAACCUAAGUUCCUCCGUAAAUACAAGUAACACACAUAAUGUAGAUGUGGAGAUGAGAACCGAGAGUCCAGCAUGCAAAGAGUCUCUGCCUAGCAAUUCUCCUGCCUGCCCCGACUUGCAAGACCCCUGUUCGAGUGUUGACCCAAUGGUGGUGGAGCCCAAACCCUUAGUCCCCAAUCCAGAAGCUGUAGACAACAUCAAAGACGAACUUGAAGUGACACCCAUGGAAACAGAUGACACAGAGGGGCAAAACUCUGGUGCUGAUGCUUUUGUUCCCGAAAAUGUUGUUGAGACUGAACCUGAGAGUGACCAGACACGGGUGUCUUCUUCAGAAAGUGAGCAAGUGUCAGCAGAGCAGAAAGAACAGGAAUGGCUUGGGACCCCAAUAAAGGAGCUUAGAAGAAUGCCUCAGUGUGGACAGUCCCUGCCACACCUCAGGGCAACAGACAAUCACAAAGUACUCAUCAGGACAGACCUGCUCAAAGAUGGUCAAGUCCCCCAUCCAUAUCCGAGCAAAUACAGAGAUUCCUGGGAUGAUAUGACCGUAAAGAUGCCUUGUUCAGAAAAGAACCUGUUUCCUGUGGAGAAUGAGGAUGGAAGUGUAGUGCAAAGUCGAUGGGAGUUGAUUCGUACAGCUUUGGAAGGAGAAUGCAAAAGUUCACUUGACAUUAGGGAUGCAAUAUUGAGUUACAACACAGUACAUGCUAAAAGAUGGGACUUCACAGCUUUGAACUAUCUCUGCACUGAGGGUAUGGAAAAUGAAGAAGUACAGCAUCUCUUUAACGUCACAUUGCCAAAGAUGAUGAAACUGGUUUUGAAUACGCGCAAGAUUUGCACCCAGCCAAUCCCGCUGCUUAAGACAAGGAUGAAUCAGUCCUUGACCAUGUCACAGGAACAAAUUGCCUGCCUUCUUGCCAAUGCCUUCUUCUGUACAUUUCCCAGACGCAACUCGCGCAAGUCCGAGUAUGCCAACUACCCCGAGAUCAAUUUUUACAGGUACUGCCUCCUCUUCAGUGGCGUCGCUCUGGAGACCCUGCCCACUGGCCUUGUCACAUUCACACGACAGAGCUUGAGCGGUUUUCCAAAAUGGGAAAGUUCAAAGAAACAGCUCACCCGUCUUCAUAUCACCUGUAAGGGCACCAUAGAGGAUGAAGGCUACGGGAUGCUUCAGGUGGACUUUGCGAACAGGCUCGUGGGUGGAGGGGUGACAGGUAUGGGGUUGGUCCAGGAGGAGAUACGCUUCAUCGUCAACCCUGAGCUCAUGGUAUCACGCCUCUUCACAGAAGCUUUGGACCACAAUGAGUGCCUCAUCAUCACAGGCACAGAGCAAUAUAGCAAGUACUCUGGCUAUGCAGAGAGCUUCAGAUGGAAAGCCAAUCACAAAGAUGAGAUUCCCAUAGACGGGUGGCAGCGGAGGUGCACUGAAAUUGUGGCUGUGGAUGCACUGAAAUACAGGAAUUUCAUGGAACAGUUUCAGCCUGAGAAAAUGAUCCGGGAGCUAAACAAGGCAUAUUGCGGUUUCAUGCGACCUGCUGUGAACCCUGAGAACCUCUCCGCUGUUGCCACAGGAAACUGGGGAUGUGGUGCGUUUGGAGGCGACACGCGACUCAAAGCUCUGCUGCAGUUAAUGGCAGCUUCUGAGGCAGGGAGAGAUGUGGCCUACUUCACUUUUGGAGAUGAGGAACUCAUGAGGGACGUGAAUGCCAUGUACAGAUUUCUUAAAGACAAGUGCGUCACUGUCGGCACUCUGUACUUCUACUUAAAGCAGUACUCUAAUGUGGUGUCUAAGCAUUUCCAGAGGCCUAACAUCAGCCUCUAUGGGUACAUCUAUGAUAAGGUCAAUACAAAUAUGGACCCCGAGCCCAGCCCCAGCGACAGCAACUUAACCACUGCGCCUUCCCCCUGUCCUGCAGACUGCCAUUAAUGCUGGUCGACGGCUAACUCAACCUUGUCCAAAUGCCGCAGUGCUUUCUUUUCCUUUAGAAAGACUUUUUGGGUGAUUGUCUUGAGCACAUUAUGCCUUUCUUUUCCUUUUUUCUUUUUUUGUACCGGUGAGUAAGUUUCAAGUCAUUAUGAAUAAGGGGACAGAAAGUAUAGCAAUAGACUGUAAAUCCUUAUUUCUUAUGAACAUCAUCUAGGUUUGAUCCUGGGAUAGUUUUUCUGGAAUGCCAGACAAGCUUCCCUAGGUUUAAAUUUACUGCAUGAUCUUAGGAAAUUAAAUGAUCCAUCAUUUAAUUGGGUGACCAAGGUGUAGUCUUUAUUUAUUUUUUCUUAUUCAGGAACUAACAGUGAUUCAUAAAAAAGUGUGUAGACAUGACAUAAAAUAUGCAUGAGAACCUCUAAAUACACAGUAAAGUCCCCUUUGACACUUGAUUAUGAAAUGUAUUGCACACGACUUAUCCUUUUUUAAUUCCUCAAAUAUGAAAAGGUUUGACAAUGAAAGAUGUGAAAAAGGAAAUAUCACACUAAUGGAACUGCUGCAAAUCAAGGUUGUGGGAAAACAUAUAGUCUCUGCAUGACAUUUUUAGCUAUUUAUUACGCUCAAGGUUUUUACAGUUUCAUUUAUUGUUUUGAUUAAAGGCACCUUCAAGAAAUGGGGUUGAUAUUUAAAGGUAGUGAAUAUUUUCAUAUGUUUUGCUCUUUAUUUUAUUAUGAUUUGAUAAUUAAAAUGGUU